CGCAGCACUUGACUCGCACUAAUCCUCUCGGUUAAUCGCCUCUCGCCGGCCGGUGGGGGUUCAGACACCAUGCAGUCAGCUGUGGGUGGAGACCAACCAAAGCGUGGACUGUAUAUCUGAGUGUCAAAGUGACGCACACACUCACACACACACACACAGGCUCCUGGUGUGACGGUGAUUCAGGAGGAAAAGCUACAGAGUUUAAUGGCGAUGAAGAUGGAUUUAAAUGUCACCAUUGAGCAAAUGGAGACGGGGGAGCAGGACGCUGCUCUGACAGCUCUACAGAGCUACAACAAGGAGAUGAACCAGUGCUUCACAUUCAUCGCAGAGGAGGAGCAGGACAGAGAGCGUCUGGGUGAGUUGGUGCUUGGCUUCCUGAACAGGGAGUUGCAGCCUUCCUGUCAGCUGGCCUGCUUAGAAACAGUUCGAAUCCUGUCCAGAGACAAAAACUGCCUGAAUCCUUUCAUCAGCCACUCUGCCACCACGCUCGCCGGCUACGCUGGCAUCGCUGUUGAAAGUUCUGCCAUAUCUGAGUGCACCCAGCAGGUGGAGGGCCAAGAGGAGGGUGAGGGAGGGGAGGAAGAGGAGGUGAGAAAGGAAACCUCUCAACCUUCAGAAAACGCUGACCAGGAAGUGAUCUCUGAGGCUCUGAAGUCUAUCUGUAACAUCCUGCUGCACAACCACACAGGACAGGUGGUGGCAGGAGAUUUGCAGCUGAUAAAGGGUGUGGCAGAGAGGCUGAAGCAGAGUCAUGAUCCCACCUGGAACCACGAGGUGCGGUUCUUUGACCUGCGUCUCACCUUCCUGCUGACGGCUUUGAGAGUGGACACGAGGGCACAGCUGGCUCAGGAGCUUCACGGCAUCAGGCUGCUAGGUAACCAGUUAGAUGCCACACUUGGUCUGUGUUGGCCGGAUUCGCUGGAGACAGCCCGGGCCGGGUUUGAGGGGGUCCCACCUGAAGAAAUGCCCCUGCUGAGCAGAGAGCAGACAGAACUUGCCAUGGAAAGUCUGAAGAUACUGUUCAAUAUCACGUUUGACACAGCCAAGCGCAAGGUGGACGAGGAGGAGGCAGCAGAGUACAGACAUUUAGGUGCCAUACUGAGACACUGUCUGAUGAGCCAGGCAGACGGAGAGGAGCGCACUGAGGAGUUUCACAGCCAUACUGUAAACCUACUAGGUAACCUCCCUCUGACGUGUUUGGAUGUCCUGUUGAUGCCCAAAGUGCAACACGGCUCCAUCGAGUACAUGGGCGUCAACAUGGACGCUGUCAGCAUGCUGAUGGCGUUCAUGGAGAAAAGACUGGACCGGGGACAUAAGCUGAAGGAGACCCUCCUCCCCUCACUGAACCUGCUGACUGAGAGCGCCCGCAUCCACCGAGAGACCAGGAAGUUCCUCAGGUCAAAGGUCCUGCCCCCCCUGCGUGAUGUGAUCAACAGACCAGAGGUGGGUGGAGCUCUGAGGAACAAACUGGUUCGUCUGAUGACACACAUCGACACUGAUGUCAAGGACUGUGCAGCUGAGUUCCUGUUUGUUCUCUGCAAAGAAAGCGUUUCAAGGUUCAUUAAGUACACCGGAUACGGUAACGCUGCUGGUCUGCUGGCUGCCAGAGGACUCCUGAGGGGGGGCAGAGACUCAGGGAUCUACUCUGAAGAUGAAGACUCUGAGACAGAGGAGUACAGAGAGGCUAAAGCCCAUAUUAACCCGAUAACAGGAGUUGUAGAAGAAGAGCAGCCAGACCCCAUGGAGGGAAUGACGGAGGAGCAGAAGGAAAUUGAAGCCAUGAAGCUGGUUCACAUGUUUGACAAACUGUCAAGGACCAACCUGAUCCAGCCAAUGCAGCUCGGUAUGGACGGGAAGUUGCGAGCGAUGACUCAAGGUGAUCUGCAUAACCACUCCCACAAUCCUGUGUUCCAGCCAGAAGAGCCGACCAACUCAGGCAGCGAAGACGAGUCUUAGAAACUCGAAAGCAUAGAGGUGACCGGAGGGGCAAGUCUGUUUAGUCAUUUAAGGUCUUCAUAUGUCACACAGUCCAAACUUGUUCUUGCUUACUUAUUCAGACAGGAGGCAAGAAAAAUGAAGACAGCAUGGAGUACAUGGAGGCAACUUAAAGACCAUGUUACUGGUUUGAUGUCUACCUUCCUCUCACUGGCAGUUCACCAGUAUUUAACAGCUGACCACUUCUCAAAGAGCACCAUCAAUGUGUAGACAUGUUUCAGUUCAUAUCAGGACACUGAUAAGAUGAUUCAGAACAUUUAUAAUACAAACAUAAACCUCAUCUGCUUCACAAAGGUAGAAUGUGUUUGAAUAGACCUCAUCACCUGCAUGUUUGAGAGGACUACUGAUCACUGCGCUGAUUCACGACAGGCAAUUCUCAAGAUAUUAACAUUGAGCUGAGUAUUGAGUCAAAGGAGCGCCAUAAAAAGAAAAGAUAAGUAAAGCUAUGCUAUGUAAGGAAAAUAACUUUUUUUUAUUUUUCCCUGUUAUAUUUUAUCAUUGUGUAUCUUAAAAAUAGAUUUUUCAUGUAUAUUUUUCAUGUCAGUUAAGAAUUGUAGGUUUUUUUAUCAUCACAUUAUUUAUUUUACUCCUUCACUGUUGCUUUGAGGACUCAUUGAAGCUCCAAGCUCUCAUUCAGCCGCUCUGACAUUGACAUAUACGCAGUGAAGAAGAAUAUUGGAAAAUAUGAAUAUAAAAUGGACAAAUGAACAAUGAGGAUGAAACAAUUGGUCAUAAGAAUUCAUAGAUAGAAUUCGAUUUUUCCACAUUUUAUUUUUAUGUUAGCUUAUUCAGCUGUAUUUCUUUUUAUGACUCUCCUUUGACUCUUUAGCUGUGGUCUCACAUCACCUCCUACCUGACAUCCAAACAAUUCAUGUCAGAAGGAAAGUGAUGUGUUUGUGUAUGAAUGAAUGUUUAGAUCUUAGACUUUAAAAGAAAUUUAGACUUUUAGAUUUCAACCCAAAAGAGAUUGAAAGUUACAUUUGACAACCACAACAGUAUAAAGUUUUUCUGAACAACAUCCCAGCCUCUGUGUUACUCGGGGUUGUCCACAGACCUCACUGUCAACAGUCUGAACUCAGACCUUUUUUGAAAUUGAAGUGGUUGCUCACACAUUUACAGUUAAGCAGAAAUGAUAUUAUCACACUGGGUUCACAACAUAGAGUUCUUCUUCACAGCCUGCUGCUAUAUUUCUCUGUUACUCUUUUUUCUUUUCAACAAUAACGAGAAGAGAAAAUUAGUUCACAAUCCGACAAUAACAGUCCCCUCUAGCCAGACAGGACAAACAGAGACUCAACAAAAAACAACAACAAAAACCUAGACAAACAAUACACCAUGUACCUGAUCCACAUACAGAAUAAACAGCAUUCAUCAUGUAUCACCAAUCAAUGAGUCAGGUCAGGGCCCACAGUUCAUUUAACAGAUCCUCCCUCCAAGCUUUCCUCUAAGUAACCCACUCAUAGCUCCUGAUUGUACUCAAUACCUCGAUCCAUUCUUUAAAAGUGGACGCAGUGGAUGAUUUCCAGAGGUGUAGAGUUAUCCUACAUCCUGUUAUCAGAGCUUAACGGCACCAUCAUUUUUAACGUUUUGACAUUUCAAUGUUUUCCGGCAGCAUUCCCAAGAGAUAAACACUUUGAUUAUUAGUCCAAUGUAAUGCAAACACUGCUGCUCUUCAAUUUUGAACCACGAAGGGAUGUUGGUUGGAGGAAGAUGCAAUUAGGACAAAGAGAAUGACAUCAGUCUAUCCUUGAUAAAACUAACCCCCCCCCCCCCCCGAUUGAACAUAGAUUUUUUUUCCCCUACCUUAUUACAUUUUAUUUAAUUUCAUCUCAUUAUGUUUUGAUUAAUUAAAAUGUCUACCAAUCAGGGACAUGUUCAGUUUAGCCUGCUUCUGUUACUGAACUGAGAACGUGUUUCUUUGAACUUUGUAGGAUUAUUUUGAGAUGAAGAUGAAUGUCACUUCUACUCUUCAUGUGAGUUGAAGAAAAUGUAUGAAAGUUAGCCAAAGAGCUGUAUUUUGAGUUUGUGAUGAUGACAUAUUUUUGAGACAAAAAAACAACUGAAUUUUAGAUGCCUGUUGUUUUUCAUAAAGCCCUUCAAAUGUUUUAUUUUUAGAAGAAACUGCAGACAGAAAAUAUCUCAUUUUAAAAUGGAACAUAAAGAAUGUAAAAUCUGAAGCAUUGAUAUAUGAGAAUUAAAUGUAUUAUCCUUUAUAUUGUUAUUAUAUAGCUGCCAACUUUACCACGGACUGUAAUAUACAUUAAAAGAAUGUAAAUGA